CAGGGAGAGUGCAUACUGAAACUCCAAAGCCGCCUUUCAGACCGACUGCAGUAUCGGCUCAUCCCAUUCUUCCCCUCAACUCGUAACAAGAUGGCGGACGUUGACAUGGCCGCAGAUGCGCGGAGGGAUGCCAACGGCAAGUCAGACUGGGCCGCACGUUCCGUCGAAGGGUGGAUCAUCAUCGUCACAGGUCUUCACGAGGAGGCAACCGAGGAAGACCUGCAGGACCUGUUUGGCGAAUUCGGAGACGUGCGCAACCUUUCCAUGGCUCUGAACCGGCGAACGGGUUAUGUGAUGGGCUACGCGCUCGUCGAAUAUUCGCGCAAGGAGGAGGCUGAGGCUGCGAUUAAGGAGACAGAUGGGACCGAGUUCCUCGAGAAGAAGAUCCACACCGACUUUGCUUUCGCCAAGGCGCCGGCUGGAGCUCGUCGUGGUGGAGGUCGCCGGCGUGAACGCUCGGUGAGCCCCGCGCGCCGGUAGUGUACAUUUAGGUAUAUGUGAUGUCAGACUGUGUUCCCGCGCGCUCAGCUGUGACGGCGCCGUAAGCACCGGCGCACUGAGAGUUCGUGGUGUGCAUGAUGAUAUAC